AUGGAGAAGUAUCGCCGAGUGAAAGUCCUCGGAAAGGGGAGCUUCGGGAAGGCCUUUCUGGUCGAAAACACUGCUACUGAGGCUGUUAUGGCUGGAAAAAUGAAAAUGAUCAACCCAGCACCUGAUCUUGCUAUAAUGAGCGUUUCCGUUUGGGUCCUUAACUACUUUGCUGCUAAAACAAACCGGAGAGCUCUCUAGACGCUUCCGGUUCGCGAUAUACUUGAUUAGUUAGCGCGCGGUCUGGUUAUCAUACUACUGGCAAGGUUAUGCCUUGUCCUUCAUCAGUAAAAAGUCUAGUCAUUUCACGAUAUUGUUCCCAGCACGUGAAAAAGCAGCGUGGCAUCUCCUUCUGUGAUGUUUCGCUGAAGACACUCGUGCAAAAUCAAUUAGAGUCAGCUUUUCCAUGUGACAACUCGUUCUUCAUCAUCAGUUGUUGCUGUCCGAGCUUUCUCAUAUUGACAUACUGUCCGAGCUUUCUCAUAUUGUCAUGCUGUCCGAUCAUCAGUUGUUGCUGUCCGAGCUUUCUCAUAUUGACAUUUGGAUCCUUCUCCCGAUCUCUAAUAUCCCAUAUCCACCCAGACUUCUGACUUUGUCUCCAUAGCUCUAACCCACACGCCCCACCCGGCACGGCAGACUCCCCCCCUGCUGCUACUUCUUUAUGCGUCGUCAAGCAGAUGGAGACGGGAAUGAUGACACCAAAGCAGCGCUCUGAAGCGUUGAAAGAAGCCAGUGUCUUGCGACGCAUGAUCGGACACCCUAACAUCGUCGCUUUUCAUGAGGUGUUUAUUACGAAGAAGGGCAGACUCUGCAUCGUGAUGGAUUACUGCAAUGACGGAGAUUUGCAUCAGAAAUUGAAGGCGCAAAAAACGAGGAUGGCGACAGCUCUUGCGGGAGAAGCUUCUUCUUCAUCAUCAUGUGGUCGUAGUAGGAGUGGGGGUAGCGGUGGUGGUACAACCAGCUCUUCAUCGUCAUCCACUUCCAACCCGAGUAGCAGCAAGAAGAGUCGCGACUUGUUACUUCCCGAAAAAGUAAUCACCGACUGGCUCGCCCAGAUCUGCUUCGCUCUUCAACACGUUCAUUCGCGGAAAGUUCUACAUCGGGAUUUGAAAACGCAAAACGUCUUCUUGCAUUCUCCUUUGAGAGGAGAAAACGAGGAAUUCGCUGAGGACGUCGAUCAGAACGUCUUGUUUGGACAGCAAAUACUCAAAUUAGGCGACUUCGGUAUCUCCAGAGUUCUUGAUGCAACAAAAGACUACGCGAAAACGAUGGUCGGGACGCCAUACUACCUGUCACCAGAAAUCAUCGAGGACUUGCCUUACAGCUAUCAGAGCGACGUGUGGUCGUUGGGAGUGAUGCUGUACGAGAUGUGCACGCUGAAGCAUCCUUUUGACGCAGAGUCUCUCCAUUUCUUAGCGGUGAAGAUCCUGAACGGCAAGUAUCCUCCGAUCGACAGCGAAUUGUACUCUCCAGAGUUGGACAGCUUGAUUCGGCGGAUGUUGUCGAAAAAUCCCGGUGAGCGUCCGACAGUGUGGCAGAUCAUCCAAAGUCCUUUGUUGCGGGAGUCAAUUUUCGACGUAAACGAGCGGUUUCACUUCGGUUGGGAUUUGUCAACGUUGCGGUUGCCGGAAGAAAAGGAGGAGGUUGAAGAAGAGUCAACAUCUUUUGACGAGGAUGUCACUGAACGCGAACAGAGGACUGCUCCCGCUUCAUCUAUCGAGGUUGAAGAACCACAGGAGAGGACGAAUCACGAUAACGAGGUGGAGGAAGUGAUUUUGGAUGAUGUUGUCACCGGUGUCCCUGUCGCUGCGUUGGGCAAAAAUAGCGCAUCUCCAACACGGCACGACAAAAAAUCCGCAGACCAGGCAGAUGAAAGCCCAGCUCCCUGUUCGUCUGGUGGCUCUGGAGGUAGUGGAGAGCUGAAGAAGACGACGCGAGGUGGGCUAGGCGUGAUGGAAGAACUACUCUCCGAUCGCGAAAAAACAGGGACUCGACGUUUUCUACGACAAUGCGCGAAACCACGAGCGCAGCUGCAAGUAGACGCUUCUGAAUCUGAUAGGGCGCAGCAAGUAGACGCUUCUGAAUCUGAUCGACGUAGGAACAAAAGUCAAGAAUUCGAGGAUGACCUUCCACCAUUAGUUGUAGAGACUCGCAGUUCAGUUCCAAGAGAGCAGAAUACUAAGCAGAGAAACUACACUACAGCUAGGACAUCAUCUUCAGUAGAGGAGUAUGAUGAUGGAAAUGGACUAGUCCCCAGCGAUAUGGUGCAUUCGCAUGCGCCGACAACGAUAUCGGCAAGUCUUCUGGAACGGCAUAGGGAUCGACACGCACACGUCUCACGUGUUGCUUCUGCGAAUGGUAGCCUACUUGCAGCUUCUUCAUCGUCUACUUCUUCGAGUAGCGCUUCUAUGUCUGCGUUAACAGAGAGGACGAAAGAGGGCGACAAUAUUACCCUGCAGCCCGCCGAUAGCGGUACUGCAGACAGAAGUUGCUCUUCUUCCUCAUCUCAGAUGAACCUGACGCAUUCUCCCUUCGAAUCAGAACAACAGAACAUAGGCUUAGGGAACCACCUAGACACCAUAGCCGAAGACGCUUCAAGGGUUGAAGAGGAGUGUGAAGAGGAUUACGAUGAAGAGGACUAUGAGGAGGACUUCGAGGAUGAAGACUGUUACGACGAUGAUGAGGAUUUUGAGGAUGAUGUAGACGAGGAAGAAGAGUCAACAUCAUCAACUACCAGAAGUGGUGCCGGGAGAUCAUCGGGAUCACCAAAUGAAAUUCAAAAAAGCGUGGAGCCUUCUUCGAAUUCAUCUCGCAAAAGUGGGAGUGGGAGAAGGGAUCAAAUGUUUCGGCAGAUUGAUAUCAACAGCUGCAGCGUUGACGGCAAAGACAGCGGGAACGGACCUUUCGCUGCAGGUCGGUUAGUCGUUGAUGUCCCGACCGAGGGUGCGCCGACGAGUACCACUAGGACAGCGACUUCUCAGAUCAAACAUGCAGAACGACCGUUCUCUAGUCCCUUAAUCUCAUCGAGAAGAUCAAAGACUUCAGCUACGGGCGCCUCCGAUCCAGCCGCGUCCUCAUCCUCUUCCUCGAGCACCAAGAAGCAAGAAUACCAGGCAAAGGCGGAAAGUUUGCGUGCAUAUCUAGCAGGCCAGCUGGGAACGUCACUCUUUCAGAGGGCUUAUGGAUUGCUGACUGAGAAAGAAGACUCUUCUGCUUCGGCACAAGAGCUCUUGGUCGACGAGGGGCAUCAACAACUUUUGCCUCUGUUGCAACUGUUGUGUUUAUUGGAGGAUAUUGGAACUGGUGGAAGAAGUAGGGGAAGGGAGAUGGUCUAG